GGCCGCGGGGAUGACGCAGCGGCGGGCGGGCGGAGCCCGUGAUGGCCGGUGCCGUCGCCGCGCUGUCCCUCGCUGCCCUGCCGGCCGCCGCCGCCGCCGUCCCGCUGCUGUCAGCGCCCGGCCGCCGCCGCGCCGCUGCCAUGGCCGAGGAGGAGAGCUCUAGCGAAGGGUUAGGAUGGUUAUUCAGCUGGCUUCCUGCCUGGUGUCCCACAUCGCUGCUACACCUUAAAGAAGCUGAGGACAAAAUGCUAAAAUGUAUUACAAGCACAUACAAUAAACAAUAUGUGUAUAUAUCUAAUGGAAAUAAAAUAUGGACACUGACAUUCUCUCCGGACCUUUCACGUAAAACUCCACUUGUUCUCCUGCAUGGUUUUGGAGGAGGUGUUGGACUGUGGGCUCUCAAUUUUGAAGAUCUCUGUGAGAACAGGACCGUUCAUGCUUUCGACCUCUUGGGAUUUGGACGUAGCAGUAGGCCACACUUUCACACUGAUGCUCGGGAAGCAGAAAAUCAGUUCGUGGAAUCCAUAGAAGAAUGGAGAAAGGAGAUGGAGAUAGAAAAAAUGAUUAUACUUGGACACAACCUAGGUGGAUUCCUGGCAGCUGCUUACUCAUUAAAAUACCCGUCAAGGGUCAAACAUCUUAUCUUAGUGGAGCCAUGGGGUUUUCCAGAGAGGCCUGACAAUGCUGAGCAUGAAAGACCAAUUCCAAUCUGGAUCAAAGCACUAGGAGCUAUACUGAGUCCAUUUAAUCCAUUAGCUGGGCUGAGGAUAGCAGGACCAUUUGGAUUAAGCCUUGUUCAGCGUUUAAGACCAGAUUUCAAGCGAAAAUAUUCAUCGAUGUUUGAUGAUAACACUGUGGCUGAAUAUAUCUAUCACUGCAAUGUACAGUCACCUAGUGGUGAAACAGCUUUCAAGAACAUGACUAUUCCUUACGGAUGGGCAAAAAGGCCAAUGCUGCAACGGAUUUCACAGAUGGAUCGAGACAUUCCUAUCACUGUGAUCUAUGGAGCACGUUCAUGUAUAGAUGGCAAUUCUGGCAGCACUAUCCAGUCUCUGAGACCAAAUUCCUACGUGAAGACAAUAGCUAUCCUUGGUGCAGGUCAUUAUGUGUAUGCUGAUCAACCGGAAGAUUUCAAUCAGAAAGUGAAAGAUAUCUGUGACUCUGUGGACUGACUGUCUUCUGUUCUUUAGAAAGUCAUACCAUAGGUAGCAUUUAAUAGCAAUACUCUCUAGGAAAUCACUAAAGAGCAAGAAGCUAAUGGAAAAGCCUAUGUUUGCACACUGUUUCUUCUAAGAAGCCAUUUGCACACUUAAACCACUGAGUGCCUUUUUGGGGGGGUGUAGGGAGAUUUGAAGCAAACUUUGUACAGCUUUGUUUAGAUUGGUCUGUAGAUUAUUGACCUGUCUUAUAUGAAACUACAUGUAACUUUUAAAACUGGAAUUUUUGUCAAAAUUGGAUUUUGCACGUGUUGAACUCUCUAAAACUGCUGAAUUCUCCACUAACACAGAGAACUGUAUUAAUAUAGAUGCAAUAUAAAAUGCAAUUUGGUUUCUUUAUAAAGAUUUCUAUUAUUUAGUUGAUGUUUCAUAGCAAAAAUAUGAAAUUGCUUCUAAGUUUUAAAUAUUUUUGGAAUCCAGAACUCCAAAACCAAUAUUUUAAGAAGGUGUAGUAUUUUUUUUAUUGGAUUGAUGGCAGCUUAUUAAGUUGAUUUUGGGAAGGAGCAGGUCCAAAAACAAUGAGCAGUGUCUGUCACUGAAAUAUGUGUGUUAGUUUGUAAGGAAUUGGGGCUCAGUGUUAGGAAGUCUUUCUUCUGAUGGAUUUUAUUUCCAUUUAUCUCAAGGCAUCUUUUUCAUCUCUGCAAUUUUUACGGAAGGCUCGAUUUGAAAGAGUCAAUGAUGUCACCAGCACUCAUGCUUCCAUAAAUAUUUUGAUAUAUAGAUUUCAGUGAUUUAAAAUACAGAAGAUGACUUGUUAGUUACUCCAUCUAUUUUUAACACUUUACUACAAGAUCUGUUCCUAGCCUAAAGCUAACAAUUAUAGAUAAGUUGUCAAGAUUUCGAUUAGGGCUAGAGAACAGCAUCUGGAUAGUGACCAUAAUUCUCUUUUUCUUUAGGUAGAAAACCUAGUCCACUUUUUAGGAAAUUCAGGGUGGAGGAGAGGCAGGGGGAGAAUAUUGAUGUUCUCUCAUGGGGAGCUACAAUAGGUUAUUGUAGUUUCGUUGACAUGCAGCCUCCUUAUAAGAAGGAUUAUUGCUGGAAUGAACAAUGCCACUGUAACAAAUUAUAAUUAUACAUUUUGGAGAGUCUUUAUAUUAUAAUAUAUAUUUUUAAUGUAGAUUUAAAUUUCAGGGAUAAUCCAGUCUCUGCAUCUUCUUAAAAUCAUAGCUUGACAUUAGGUCUUCACAUGUUUAGUAAAUUAUAUUAAGCAAAAUACUUUGUCACUUUAAAGCCAAAUUAUGUGGUGGUUUGUUUUUUAACAAGUUUACAUAAAACUACUGAUCAGUUUUUGAAUAUUAAAUUGACUACUGAACAGUUCUUGAUACUUUUAUACAUGGAGAAUUUGAAUUAAUGAUAGAACUGUCUUAAAGCUUGAGUAGAUUUCUGUGUGUUUUUUUCUAAAAUUAAGGAAUUGUUGCACAUACAUGAUGUGGAAAGCAAUGAUACCUAAAAUGUUCAGGAAUUACUCUGAUUAUGUUCCCAGCCAAACAUAAUCUCUCUCUUUCUGCAGGAGAUAUUUAUCUAUAUGGUGCUAUGUAAACAUCAAACAGUCUUUGUAAUUGCCUUGACUGGUAGCACUUAAUAUCUAACCAGCUAAAGAUUUUAAUUAAAAUUAACUAUUGAAUUAAAUUACUUUUUCACUUAGCAGAUGCCCACAUUUUAAACAAAAUUUUGGGUUAUUUUCUAAAAUCUUGAGCUUAAGACAGAAAAUCAGAAUAGCAAUUAUAUUUUUUAAUGUAAACUGUAAAUUAUCAGAUGUGCCACCAUUUAGGUGGAUGCCUUCAUUAUGUAUUUUUUCAACCUUUUUAUGUGUCUAAUUUGUGUUUAUCAACCUAAACAGCUGUUUAAUUGUGUGUAAAAAAACUAAUGCAAAAAUAUAUUUUGAGUCUUCUCCAAAUAACAAAAGGUGAAUCAAACUAUUAGUAUCAGGUAGCACUUACUGUUGGGAAUUCUAGAUUCCACAUCAAAAGAUGGAUAAAAGUUGCACACUGAACAUGAAUAUUGUUUUAAAUAUCCCUUGCUUUUUUAGCCUAUUGUACUGAUAAGACUUACUGCUUAAAUUUUGCACAAUAAAAAAUAAGUUAAACAUUAUGUUUGUGUAAUAAUAAGACAUGAUGUUGCUUUUGUAAAAGUUGUAUGUAAUUAAGCCCCCUGGGAGUCAAGAGUAUUAAGUUGCUAAACUAUCCAAAAUACAUUAAAAAUAUGGUCAGGCUUGUUUUCAGAUGUCUCGGUGUUCUUAGGUUUUCUUGUAUUUAACUGAAACUAGUAAGCAGUUGUCAACAAGUAGCUGCAAGCUCAGAAUGCUGGUUGUAUAUAGAAAGAAAAUGUUUGUUGGAUAUCUUCCAGGCAGUAUUAGAUACUGCUGUGAAGGUCAAGAUGGAAUUCUGAAUAUCCUGUUGUGUGCAACAUAACCCAAUAAAGUUACAUUAAUAAACAUCCUGAGAGGUGCCUAACAGAAAAUGAAUGGCCUGUAGUGAAAAGCUUUGGGAGCUAGGCCUUUUGUGAGUAAUUGCUGUCUAGGAAUAAGCUCAGUUUCUCCAGAAGUUCAGUUUCAGUGUGGUAACCAGUUGCCUAUAUGUACUGUGAGCACUGAAAACUGAUGGUGCUAAUUUUAUAAGAGUGCUACAAAAUAAAAGAAGAGUCCCAGGCAUAAAGGCACACAAAGAUCAUCAGAAUGCAGACAGCCGUGUACCAGAGGCUAAGCCAUAACAAAAAGAAGCCAAAAUAUUAAUAAAAAUCCAAGAUUAACAGUCUGAGUCUCCAGGACACGCUUUUCUUCCUGAGGUUGUUGUGAUAAAAUGUUAUUAAAGUAACUUAGUGAUAUUUUGUUUGCAUGGCUGAGUUCAUCUUGUUACUUAUUGAACCCUGCUAGAUCAGAUUUUAGUUCUGAAAAACUGAUUUUCGGAGAAGUAAUUUAUUGAUAAGACUCUAUAAUAAAACAUUCACAACCAUCACAA